CGAAGUAACAACGUCAGCAUGAAGCAAGAAAAUAUAGAACAGAAUCGCAGUAGACUUGUCCAAAUAUUAGAUACCCAUAAACCAGAUUAUCUGGGCAGAACCAUUCAGGACCUUUUGCCUGAUUUUUGCUAUAAGUCUCAGUCGAGCAAAAAGAUAGUUAAGUGGAUUAAGAUUGUGCUCUUGAUCAUUUUCAUUUUAUUCGGAGUAAAAUACUAUUAUGAGGAAAUGCAGGGAAAAAAUUGUGCUCUUUCUGUGCCACGCCCCCUGCGUUACGCCCUUCGACCGCCCGAGAGUUGUGAUUUUUGUGCAAAUAUUGUAAAAGUGCCGCGACUUGAAAAUAUAAACCCCCAGGAAUUUGAGAAAAAUUUCGCUUACAGCGCAGCCCCAGUUAUUGUUAGUGAUGCCACAAAAAAUUGGACUGCUGUUUCGUUAUUCAACUAUUGGUAUUUUCGGGAUGUUUAUGGAAAGGCCAAUCAUAAACAACAUAUAAGGGAUUGCCAGUUUUUGCCUUACAAAACCGGGUUCUUAGAUAUCUAUGAUGCAUUGGAUAUGCCCGAGAAUAGGGUAGAGCUAAAACCUGGAGAAAAACCUUGGUACUUUGGCUGGAGCAAUUGUCAUGCGGAAACGGCAGAGGAGUUCCGAAGGCACUAUGGAAAACCCUAUUUUCUGCCCGAAAGCUCGGAAAAUAAUGCGGUUGAUUGGUUUUUCAUUGGCACAUCCGGCUUGGGGGCACAAAUGCAUAUCGACAACGUGAGGCUUCCAUCGUGGCAGGCUCAGCUGGCGGGCAGUAAGCGAUGGCUACUGGUUCCACCUCCCGAGUGCUACCUGCAGUGCCAGAGUUUCGACGUGGUGGUCCAGCAGGGCGAUAUAAUUGUUUUAGACACGAACAAAUGGUACCACCAGACGUUUGUUCAGCCGGGAGCCAUCAGUCUGACCAUUGGAGCUGAGUAUGACUAAAGUUAACCGGCUGCGGGCGGUUUUUCCUCGUGACAGGAAA